AUCUGAGCUGAAAUCAAGAGUCAGAUGCUCCACUGAUUUAACCACCCAGGUGCCCCUCAUUAUUACUUUAAUUCAAACUUUAUUUCAGCCCUCUGUCCUGAAGUUUCGGAGCUCAAUAAUAAUGUUUUGAAUUCCUGCAAAUAAAUGUAUGCACAAGGGCGUGAUAAAACACAUCAAAAAAUACUCGUCAAAUUCAGGUUGGUCAUUCCCAAGCCCAGCCUUAAAUUCUUAGUCUUUGGGGGCUCAGGUCCUUUCAGCAUGCCCUCUCAGAAAGAGGCAAGUUAUCUGGAAGCAGUUUGGAAGCUAUGUCAUCAGGACGCGGUCUUAAGAUGGCACCAACGUAAGAAAAUGAGGUGCUCCGAAGAGGGCUUUUUCCCAGUGGGGCCUGAAGUCUCCAAAAACUCGACGCUAAACUCACUCCCAGGCCUAGGCUGGCUGAGGGAAAUGAAACGAUACCCCAAUAUCCCUCUCUUUCACACUCUUAAAGAACGCCUAGAACUCUUCACAGGGAAGAGGGCUCAACCCCAGCCACCUGGAAAAGUCCCCCUCCCUCUCCCCACAGGCGGGGAGGAUAGUUAGCCUGCCUAGGUGCCUGCCCCUGGGCCCACGGGGGGCGGAGCUUGCGUGCUGACGAAAGGGAAUCGUGCGUGGGGGCGUUCGUGCGUGCGUUGGCCGUCCAGAGAGUAGCCGUUACAGGGCUCCGCACUUCAGCUGUCCUUGAUGCUUUUCUUCUGAUGUUACUUUGUUUUUUUUUUUUUUUUAAUCUUCCUUAAAGGCGGUGUGUUGUGCUUUCUGGCUAAGUUGUGCCAGGCAAAGCAUUUGUGAGUGUCUAGUACUGGGGUGAAAAUGGUGGCUCGAGGGCAAGGAGAAAUAAAAGCUUAUGGGUUCCCCACCCCCUACUACUGAUAGGUAGACUGGUCCUUGCUUUACCUCUCCACACCCCUUGACCCCCCACCCUUGGUUCCAACUUUCUGCAAACCCAAAAGGUAGGUCCUUAGAUCUUCAGUGUAGUUAUGACAGUGAUCAAUUUAAGGAGUUUGAUUCCACUGAAAUUUCAUUAUCCCUAUCAGGUUCUCAACAUGUCAACUGUCAAGGAGAAGCUUAUUGAGAAUCUAAUUGGGGAAGAGAAGAUCUCCCAGAAUAAGAUCACCAUUGUCGGGACUGGUGCUGUAGGCAUGGCCUGUGCUAUUUGUAUCUUAUUGAAGGAUUUGGCCGAUGAACUUGCCCUUGUUGAUGUUGCAGUGGACAAAUUGAAGGGAGAAACAAUGGAUCUUCAGCAUGGCAGUCUUUUCUUUAAUACUUCAAAGAUUACCUCUGGAAAAGAUUACAGUGUAUCUGCAAACUCCAAAUUAGUUAUUGUCACAGCAGGUGCGCGGCAGCAGGAGGGAGAAAGUCGCCUUGCCCUGGUCCAACGUAAUGUGAACAUUAUGAAAUCGAUCAUUCCUACCAUAGUCCAUCAUAGUCCUGACUGUAAGAUGCUUAUUGUUUCAAAUCCAGUGGACAUUUUGACAUAUGUGGUCUGGAAGCUAAGUGGCUUACCUGCAACUCGUGUAAUUGGAAGUGGUUGUAAUCUAGACUCUGCCCGUUUCCGUUACCUAAUUGGGGAGAAGUUGGGUGUUCAUCCCACAAGCUGCCAUGGUUGGAUUAUUGGAGAACAUGGUGAUUCUAGUGUGCCCUUAUGGAGUGGGGUGAAUGUUGCUGGUGUUGCCCUGAAGACUCUAGACCCUAAAUUAGGAACUGAUUCAGACAAGGACCAAUGGAAAAAUAUCCAUAAACAAGUUAUUGAAAGUGGCUAUCAGAUUAUCAAGCUGAAAGGGUAUACCUCUUGGGCUAUUGGACUAUCUGUGACAGAUCUGGUAGGAUCAAUUUUGAAAAAUCUGAGGAGAGUGCAUCCAGUUUCUACUAUGGUUAAGGGCUUAUAUGGAUUAAAAGAAGAAAUCUUUCUCAGUAUCCCUUGUGUCUUGGGACAAAAUGGUGUCUCAGAUAUUGUGAAAGUUAACUUGAAUUCUGAGGAGGAGGCCCUUUUUAAGAAGAGUGCAGACAUACUUUGGAAUAUCCAAAAAGAGCUGGUAUUUUAAAGCCUCUUAAUGUUCCACUGUUUUAUAGAAGAAGAUAUCAGACUGUAUAUUUUCUAUUUUGAAAGUAUUGUCAUUUGAUUUGUAAAAAAUUUAAAAAAAACAUUGGAAACACAUGACAUAACUUCAGUCCCUCAAGGCUAGAAAAAGGAAAUGGUAAAAAUAUUUCCCCUCUUUAUGAAUCUCUUACAACUCUGUUCUAAUGAUACCCAACCUAUACAUAUGCAAGUAAUACUUCUGAAGUAUGUAAUAUAUGAGUUGACUUCAAGUUUGGUAGAGUAUGUAUAAUAAUCCUUUAUAAUAUAAAACUUAUGAUUCUUCCCAUAAAACAACCAGCACUUUUUCUAGCAUUGAAAUUUCAUUCUUCCAUUAGGGCACAGGCAUAUUCAGUUUAUAUUGCUUCAUUAGCUUUGUGUGUCUAUGUGUGAUCUGCACUGGGUACGUUAAGUCCAUGUAUAACAGAAAGAAACAGAAAUAAAACUUCAAUGGCAUAAUCAAAAUUAAAUGUUUUCAAACCUAUAAGUAUUAUUCCAAUUCAUAUGAACUCAAAUAGCUGAUUUGGUGUCUCUGUUGAAAUACCACACGGGAAGCUUAGACCAUUCUCUAAGUCAUUUGUUGAGCAAACUUCUG